UAAAACCGAAGGGAAAAAAAAUCGUAAUCUCUUCUGAGCUCGCCCCUGGCGAAUCCAAAACCCUAACCCUAGAAGAGAAGAUAGGGCUCCAAUUCCUUCAAGAAUCGGCUAUCUUCCCCUCUUUCAGAUCAAGCUCUCAACUUUUGCAGAAAAUUCGACAAUUUUAGGGUUCUUUUGAGGUAAAUUUCAAGGGUUCCUCACUUUGAGUGGUCAACUCCUGUCAAGAAUGACAAUUGCGCUCUGUUGAGGGGUUUAAGGUUUCAAUGGAGAGUAAUUUUCAGUCUGUUAAGGGGAAGAAGAAGAAGGGAACAUUUCACGAUAUUGAGAAUAGUGAGGGUUUGAGGGGCAAAAAGAGUGAGGAUAGACGGAGUAAAGUUCCAUCUCAUGUACCAUGGAUUCCUCGGCCUCAAGAAGAGUAUAAUAUACGGGUAAACAAUUCAAACAUGCGUUUCGAGCAUGUUUGGUUGGAGAAGAGUGAGGAUGGGAGCCAAUUCGUGCAUCCAAUGGAGUAAUUGUCAGUCCUGGACUUUGUUGAUGGACAUGUUCGAGAAAGCGGACCACUAAUCACGCAUCUAGAAAGCACACCAUUUAAGCUGGUAGAAGGAGUGAAAGAGCUAAAGGAAUUAGCAACAAAGUUGAAGGAUGUUAAUGAAUUCCUGGUUGAUUUGGAGCACAAUCAAUAUAGGUCCUUUCAGGGAUUGACUUGUUUAAAGCAAAUCUCUACAAGGACAGAGGACUUUGCAAUAGACACUCUGAAAUUGCGUGUGCAUGUUGGACCAUACUUGAGGGAAGUUUUCAAAGAUCCAUCCAAGAGAAAGGUCAUGCAAGGGGCAGAUUGUGAUAUAUUGUGGCUUCAACGAGACUUUGGCAUUUAUGUGUGCAACCUCUUUGAUACUGGGCAGGCUUCAAGGGUGCUGCAACUAGAGAGGAACAGUCUGGGAUACCUGCUUUAUCACUUUUGUGGAAUUGAUGUAAACAAAGAAUAUCAGAACGCAGACUGGAGAGUUCGACUGCUUCCUGAUGUAAUGCUCAGAUAUGCCAGAGAAGAUACACACUAUUUGUUACAUUUAUAUGAUUUAAUGAAGAGUAGACUGCUAUCAGUGCCAUCAUCUGAUGGAAAUAAGGACACCCUUCUCAUGGAGGUGUACAAGAGAAGCAAUGAAAUUUGCAUGCAUCUUUAUGAGAAGGAAUUGCUGACGAAUGAAUUGUUUAUUCAUAUAUAUGGGUUACGAGAAGCUAAUUUUAACUCACAGCAACUUUCUAUUGUUUCUGAUCUUAAUGAAUGGAGAGACAGUGUAGCUCGAAGGGAGGAUGAAACUACAGGAUAUGUAUUGCCAAACAAAGCUCUACUUGAGAUUGCAAGAAAAAUGCCUCUUUCCUCCUCUAAGUUAUGGCAUCUGGUCAAAUUGAAAUCCCCAUACGUAGACCAUAAUCACCAAACCAUAAUCAGGAUUAUCCGGGAUUCAAUUCAAAAUGCCUCUGCCUUUGAGAAACAUGCUGAAGCGUUAAAGAACUAUCUGCAAGAGAAAUACGAGCAACAAAUUGAAGCAGUUGGCUACAGCUCUGUACCUUUGUUCCAUGUCCAAGAAUGUGAAGGGUCAAAAGUCCUUCCUCUGCCUGAAAUAGGGUGCUUUUUCAAGCCCCCUGAUUCACCUGAGAAAAAUAAUGAAAAGAGAGGGAAUGGAAGCAUCAGGGUCUCAAAAUCAGAAAAACCAUAAGAAAAUAUGAUAAGGCUGAUAUCAAGAUACAGCAGUAUAAAUCCUGUUUGUUUCUCCACCAAAAAAAUUUGGUGAUGCAUUGGCAAACUGCGGUGGUGGCGGUUAAGAAAUAGGCUCACCCGUUGCACUAAUUCACAAAUUUAGUUGAAAAUGUCAAAUGUUAACUGAACUAAUGCCUGCCGUCAUUUGUGAUA